GGGAGAAUAAAUAUACUCUACUGCCGAAUAUAACAGCCAGGGGAGCCACAUGCCGCAGAGUGACUCCGAUCUCCGGUUCCGCGGGUCGAUGACACCAUCACCCGGGCUUCCGGCCGUUCCUAGAAUGAACAUUUAACACGACUAUCGGGGGCAUUCCAGUUCCGACAUGCAUUCACGGUUCCAGCAUGGCAGAUUUAGACCAAUAUAGAAGAGACAGUGCUAGCAGCAGCGCUUUGUCGCAGCUGGAUACCGCGCACCCAACGCGCGGCGACACCGCGUUCGCCGGCGACGGGUCGUCGCCGAUUAGCAGACACCAAAGCCGCGUGGAGAUAUCGCGCAUCCAGACGCUUCGUUUGACGGCGCAGUCCACUGUCGGUACGACAAAGGGUCGUACACCGCGCGAUCAAUGGCUGCCGAUGGGCGCAGGAAAGGAAUACCCGCCGGAGCUGCCAGACCCGGAGAAGUACGUUGUCGAGUUCACCGACGCCGACGACCCGUGCCAUCCCCACAACUGGCCGAUCGGUAGGAAGGUCCUGCUGUCGGUCAUUCUGGCCUACGUGACAUUCGUUUCGUCCUUCGCCAGCGCCAUCUUCUCGUCAACGGUCGGCGCCACCAGCGAGCAGUUCGGCGUCAGCACCGAGGUCACUACCUUGGGCGUGACCUUGUACGUCCUCGGGUUCGCCGCAGGCCCGACCUUCUGGGCGCCGGCGAGUGAGCUGAUCGGACGACGCUGGCCCAUCACGGCCGGCGUGUUCGGGUACAGCAUCUUCACGAUCGCCACAGCGACGGCCAAGGAUGUGCAGACUCUGAUGCUGACGCGGUUCUUCGCGGGGCUGUUCGGCGCCAGUCCGCUCGCGAUCGUGCCCGCGACCUUCGCAGACAUGUACAGCAACCGGACGCGCGGCGUCGCGAUCGCAAUGUUCGCCAUGGCCGUCUUCGUGGGGCCGUUCGCGUCCCCGUUCACGGGGGGGUUCAUCGUGAUGAGCUACCUGGGGUGGCGCUGGACGAUGUACAUCUCCGCGAUCAUGGGAUUUCUAGGGACAGUGCUGCUGUUGGUCUUCUUCCGCGAGACGUACGCGCCGCUGGUGCUCGUGGAGAAGGCGCAGAAGCUGCGGCGGCAGACGCGCAACUGGGGCAUCCACGCGCGGCAGGACGAGGUCGAGCUGGACUUCGACGAGCUGAUCACGGUCAACUUCAGCCGGCCGUUCCGUAUGCUCUUCACCGAGCCGAUCGUCUUCCUGGUGACGGUCUACAUGUCGUUCAUCUAUGGGCUGAUGUACGCCCUGCUGGCGGCCUACCCGGUGGUCUUCCAGGGCAUCCACGGGAUGAAUCUAGGCGUCGGCAGUCUGCCGUUCAUCGGGCUGAUCGUGGGCGAGUUCCUCGGCGGGAUAUACACGCUCCUGGGGCAGAAGUCAUACACGCGGAAGUUGCUCAACAACAACAACGUGCCCGUCCCGGAGUGGAGGCUGCCGUCCGCGAUUGUCGGCGGGAUAGCGUUUACGCUCGGUUUAUUCUGGUUCGGGUGGACAGGCUGGACGAACGACAUCCACUGGAUGGCCCCCACAGCGUCCGGGGUGCUGGUUGGGUUCGGCAUCUUCUGCAUCUUCCUCCAAUGUUUCAAUUAUCUGAUCGACUCUUAUCUGCAAUUUGCUGCGUCGGUGUUCGCCGCGAACACGAUCUUGCGGUCGGCGGUGGGCGCAUGCUUCCCCCUGUUCUCGAAGCAGAUGUUUGUGAAUUUAGGGGUGCAGUGGGCGGGGACGCUACUGGGGUGUCUGUCGGCGAUUAUGAUUCCCAUUCCCCUGGGAUUCAUCCUGCUGGGGCCGAGGUUGCGGAAGAAGAGUAAAUUUGCGCCCACGGCGGCGGUGUUUGCGGAGAAGGAGUAGACAUAUCUGUUUCUUUCUUCCUGUUUUCUGUCUGUAAACAUCUGGUGAAUUUUUUUUGUUCUAUUUCGAAUUGAUUCAAUAGCACGU